ACUGGGUAAGGAGGGCAGUGAGGAGCGGUGGAAAGGCGGACUGAUGACAGCUGUCACUGCGGACAAAAACACUAACAAUCUCUGAAGAGAACCCGAAUGGCUCACCCCUGAAACUCCAGGAGACAAGGGAUAACACCUCGACAGUAUCGCGGGUUAUUUAAAGGUGUCGCGAAGGAAUUAACACACGUUUCCAUCUCCUGGGCUUACACAGUAUGAGUUCCAGUACUAACAUGGGGACACAAGGCACUGGUAGAAAGCGUGCUCCUCUAAAAGAUCGGUUCUCAGCAGAGGAUGAAGCGCUGAAUAGCAUUGCUCGUGAGGCGGAGGCGAGGCUGGCAGCAAAGAGGGCGGCUCGGGCAGAGGCAAGAGACAUCCGAAUGAGGGAACUUGAACGGCAACAGAAAGAGCUUUCUUACCGCUCAUCCAGCAGUAGCAGCAGAAAAUGGGGUCAGAUCCACCAGUGGAUGGCUGACGCAGAAAAAGCCAGAGCCUCUAGUAGUAGUAGAUCCAGCAGCCGUCAUCAGCGGGGGCUGGAUGAUGAUGUCACGUCAGUCCGCAGCUACAGGUCUGAUGGCAUCUCUACUAGCUCUGUGCUCAAGAGUUCACGCUCCACUAGUUCUGUGUACAAUGAUCUGCAUAGCCAUAAGAAGGCUUCAUCCCGGUCCUCAAAGAAAGACCUUCUGACUGGGCUGUACCACGAUCAGAGGAACUACACCAGCCUAACAAAGACCAAACCACCACCUCUUCUCUCCACCUCUACCUAUCGGGCCACCACUUCCUCACCCUGCACCUCCGGCACAGGGCUGUCUCGCAGCUACAGCACGGCCUCUAUUUGCGACGACGCUGGCCUUUACGGCUCAGGCUACAGUUCAAGAGCUCCCUCUGAAUACAGCUGGUACUCCUCUGGAGCCAGCUCCACUCGUAGCAGCCCUGUGUCUUCCUCAGAUGAUGACACUGUCAGCAGUGUGUCCCAGGAACGCGGUAGCAGAGGCAGGAGGGACAGCGGGUCUUCUGACUUCUCGGACAUUAGUGAGUCGGCCGCUGAUUAUUUCAGCCGCUCCAACCGAAGAGGCAGUAUUGUGUCUGACCUUGAUGAUUUGAGUAUUCCAGAUUUGGAUGCUCUGGAUGAAAAAUGUGACAAGCAGUAUUCAGAUUAUAGUCGACCAUCCUCCCGCUGUGCCACCCCAGGCCUCUCGGCAGCCACCCUGGCAUCACUGGGUGGUACCUCAUCACGUCGAGGUAGCGCAGACACCAGCAGCGCCUACGACCCCGACACCAGUCUGAGUGAACUUAGGGAUAUCUAUGAACUAAAGGACCAGAUUCAGGAUGUAGAAGGGCGGUACAUGCAAGGGCUUAAAGAGCUGAAGGAGUCACUCACAGAGGUAGAGGAGAAGUACAAGAAAGCCAUGGUAUCGAAUGCACAGCUGGACAACGACAAAGCCAACCUCAUCUAUCAAGUGGACACACUCAAAGAUGUCAUAGAGGAGAUGGAGGAGCAAAUGUCAGAGAUGAAGAGGGAGCUGGAAGAAAAGUCGAAGGAUCUAGAAAGACAAAAACACACAUGUACAGUUCUCCAGCAUAAACAAGAAGAACUGAAAGAGGGAAUCCGCCAGAGAGAUGAGCUUAUAGAGGAGAGCCAGAAAAUGCAGACUAAGUUAGAUGCCCUCACCAGAGAGGUGUUUGACCUGCAGGAAACGAUAAACUGGAAGGACAAAAAGAUUGCGGCCCUAGAGAGGCAGAAAGAGUACUUUGAUUGCAUUAGGAAUGAAAGAGAUGAGCUCAGAGAUGAGCUCGCUGACAUCAAGGGGAAAUCCAAAGCAGGAGAGAAACAUGGGCUGGUCAUCAUCCCAGAUGGUACACCAAACGGAGAUGUCAACCAUGAGUCUCCAUCCUCAGGGAUCACUUUGGUCUCCCAGGAGGCCGCCCAGGUGCUGGAGUCUGCAGGAGAGGGUCCACUGGAUGUCAGGCUACGGAAGUUGGCAGAGGAGAAGGACGAACUUUUGGCUCAGAUCAGGAAACUGAAGAAUCAGCUGGAGGAGGAGAAACAGAAACACUCAAAGGUGGACAGUUCGUACACAGAUGGGGAGAGGAUGGAAAACGGUACAGACCUGCACUUUAUUGAAAUGCAGAGAGAUGCCAACAGACAGAUUAGUGAAUACAAAUUCAAGCUUUCAAAAGCAGAACAGGAAAUGGGUACAAUGGAACAAAAUAUUAACAGACUUGAAGGGCAAGUCUCCCGGUACAAGGCAGCGGCAGAUAAUGCAGAGAAAAUCGAGGAUGAACUUAAAGCAGAAAAACGUAAACUUCAAAGAGAGCUGCGCACAGCUUUAGAUAAGGUAGAGGAGAUGGAGAUGACCAACAACCACCUAGUAAAGCGCCUUGAGAAAAUGAAGGCCAACAGGAAUGCCCUUCUGUCACAGCAAUGAGGCAAGGCAGCGUCACCACAGAAGCCCUUAAAUUCGCACCUCAGACCUCUGACUGCCAUAUUGCGACUGGAGCACAUUUCCAUUUUCAGCUGUAACACUUUGAGAUUUGUAGCUAACCAAAAACACUUAAAACCUGUAGCACAGGCAAACGAACUGAACUGUUUUCUUUUUUUUUCCUAAAUCAGAGACAUUGGUUUUGUGUGGGAAUGAACUCAGAAAUACGACUAAUAAAACUACACAAGUUGCUGGGAGAUACAUCUGAGGACAUUUCUCUACUCACUACUUAAAAUUUCAGAGCUUUAUACUACAUCAUGUUACCCAUGAGAUUUAUUUCCCUCUGACUGGGUGCUUGACUGUACCUUUUGUUUUGUUUUGUUUUUGUUGUGUGUUUUUUUUUGUUUGUUUUGUUUUUUUGUUCCAUAAGUUGCAUGAAUGAGUAUAAUGAUGCUUUUUAAACAAUUCAACCCUGAUGGCUGCUCCAGCCCCGCACCUUCCUGACUUCCUCUCACACAGUGAAGUGCCUUUUCACACCAGGAGAUUGGGGGUCUGCACCGCUUAAUAAAACAAUAAUUGUUUUAACAGGUACAUGUAUUUAAAAAGGAAAAAAAUAAAAAAAUAAAGGUGCAGUUAUUAUUUGAAUAUAUAUAUAUAUAUAUAAAACCAACUGUGUCUGCUGCGGUUUCUUUGAAAUUUUUCAAAUAUUUAAAAGAUUUCUUG